AUGUCCUCCGACGAUGCCCUGCGGCCUGAAUGGCUUGCCUUCGAAAAAGACCUGGGCUUCCGCCCUAAACUCCACGGCCCAACAUACGAAGACAUCCUCCAGCAAGCCCAAGCCAACGGACCACGCAUGCUCGAAGUCCUCACCUUCCCCAAACCCGACACCACUCUGACAACAGCAUGGCACGAGACGGCGUCCGGCGUUCGACUGAAAUCCUACAUCCCGCCGACGUACCGACCUGACAGGCCACUGAUCUACUACAUCCACGGCGGCGGAUUCGUCCUCGGCUCGGUUGCACAGGACGAUUCGAAGGUGACGCCGCUUUGCACAGCGACGGGAUGCGUGUUUGUCAGUGUGGAGUAUCGUCUUGCUCCGCAGCAUCCGUUUCCCGCGGGAUUUCAGGAUUGCGUCGAGGGUGCGGCAUGGUGUUUAGAGAAUGCGGAGAGGCUGGGUGCGAGGAAGGGGCCGAUCAUUCUGAUGGGGAAGAGCGCAGGGGGCGCGUUUGCUCUGGGGACUGCGCUGAAGUGGAUCGAUGAAGGCCGCGGACAGGGUGUCUUGGGCGUGGUGGCUUGUCAACCCGUCACCGUUCAUCCGACUGCGGUGCCUGAGCGGCUUCGAGAACGGUAUACGGCGCACGAGGAGAAUGCGGAGAACACGACCAAUACUCGAGAUGCGAUGCGCGCGUUCUACCGUCUACACAACGCGCCGCUCGAUGAUCCUUACGUCUGGCCACUGCUGCACUCCAACUUGAAGGCUCUGCCUCGAGUAUAUCUGAAUGCGUGCGGCGCGGAUACCCUUCGAGACGAUGCGCGCUUGCUCCAGGAGGUGUUGCAGCAGACUGGAGUGCCCAACCGAUUCGACGAGUUCGCCGGACUUCCGCAUUAUUUCUUUGCAUUCCCAUCUCAUCACACUACACAGCUUCGAGAGGACUAUUAUUCGCGGACAGCAAAGGGGAUCGAGUGGGUGAUUGAUGGAGUGAGCAAAGGCUGA